AUACAAAUUCAUCGCAACUUGAUUCCCGCGUGCAAGCAGAACGUGUGUUUUGAUUAUAGGCGAACAUUAAAGAGAAUAUAUAAUUUCCAAGGAAUGCAACGACACAAACCCAAGAGGUCUGGAAAACCAAGGCCGUACCCCAAGCCGAACAAUGGGCAACCAAGCCCCAAUAACAAGCAGAAACGUCCCAGGCCAGAGUACAACAAGUCAAAACUGGCGGCCAACGAUUUAGAAAUCCGUGAGCUCCAGGAGAGAUACAAAGAGAUCGAUGCACAGGCCAUCAAGAAGUUCGCGCAGUUUCCACUCUCCAAAAAGACUCAAAAGGCCUUGGCCGAAGCCAAAUUCGUAAAUCCAACGCAAGUGCAACUAGAAAGCCUCGGACCAGCAUUGCUGGGUAAGGAUGUGCUAGGCGCCGCUGUCACCGGCAGUGGAAAGACCUUGGCAUUCCUCAUUCCCGUCUUGGAGCACCUGUUUAUCCACAAAUGGUCACGUACGGAUGGAGUGGGCGCUAUAAUCAUCUCGCCCACGCGCGAGUUGGCCUACCAGAUCUUCGAGACCCUUAAAAAGGUGGGCAAGCAUCACGACUUUUCUGCUGGUCUGAUAAUAGGGGGCAAGAAUCUAAAGUUUGAGAGAACGCGAAUGGACCAGUGCAACAUACUGAUCUGCACGCCCGGCCGUCUGCUUCAGCACAUGGACGAGAAUCCGUUGUUCAACACCAGCUCCAUGGAGGUUCUGGUCCUUGACGAGGCGGAUCGCUGCCUGGACAUGGGCUUCCAAAAGACCCUUAAUUCCAUAAUCGAGAACUUUCCUCCAGAACGGCAGACGCUGCUUUUCUCGGCAACGCAGACAAAUACAGUUCAGGAUUUGGCGAGACUCAAUCUAAAAGAUCCCGUCUAUGUGGGAUAUGGUGGCCAGUCAGCAGCUUCCACCUCGUCGUCCGCAUCGGCAUCCACAUCCAUAAAGGAGGGUAGUCAGACGACUGCCGUUCUGGCAGUUCCGGAGCUGCUGCAGCAGAGCUAUGUGGUGCUCAAUCUGGAGGACAAAAUCACCAUGCUUUGGUCGUUCAUCAAAAACCACUUGAAGCAGAAGAUAAUCGUGUUCGUGUCCAGCUGCAAGCAGGCCAAGUAUCUCUAUGAGAUCUUCUGCAAACUGAGGCCGGGCUGCCCGCUGCUCGCCCUCUACGGCACCCUGCACCAGGAUCGCCGCAUCGCCAUCUACGAAGACUUCUUGCGCAAGAGUCACGUGGUCAUGUUCUCCACAGACGUGGCCUCGCGCGGCCUCGACUUCCCCGCCGUCAACUGGGUUGUCCAGCUGGACUGUCCCGAAGAUGUCUCCCAGUACAUCCAUCGAGCGGGUCGCUCCGCCCGCAACAAAACCCGUGGCGAGUGCCUUCUGGUCCUGACUCCCAGCGAAGAAGAUUACAUGAUCAGAGCGCUGAAGGAGCAGCUCAACCUCAACAUUCACUGCGUCCAGAUCGAUCCAAAAAAGCUUUUUUCGCCGCGCGUCAAGAUCGAGGCAUUCUUGGCCCAGUUUCCCGAACUGCGGGCCACCGCUCAGCGUGCCUUCCUCUCAUACCUUAAGUCCGUCUUCCUCAUGCGUAACAAGCGUCUGUUCAAUGUGUUCAGUCUGGACCUGGACGCCUACGCACAGUCGCUGGGCCUGGCGGUCACGCCGCGUGUCCCCUUCCUGGAGAAGUUCCUUUGGCGACAGAAACAGCUCCAGCAGCAGCAGAGUUCUGCAGAGGGCCCUGCGGGCGCCAGUCAGAGCCCCAGUACCGCAUUGCCUAAGAUAACCAGACAGCAAACCUUUGGUGGGGAAGAUAGCAGUAAUGAAGAUGAUGAUGACACCGACGAUGAUGACCUUAUCAAGGUCAAGCGAAGGGAUCACGAUGUCGAGGGAGGACCCCUGGAGUUACAGUUGGACCACACCAAAGUCGAGGGCGAGCCGGAGGAGCCGCUGGUGGUGCCAAAGCGCGAAAAGCUGGUUACUAAGGCGUCGCUGGCUAAAAAGGCGCUCAAGAAGAAUUUGCAGGUUAACUCCAAGCUCAAGUUUGACGAAGAGGGCGAAACUGUGGCCGAUGAUCGCAGUCAAAUGAAGGCGCUCAGUUCCAGACAGCAACGCCAGCAAAAGGAUAAGAACAAGGACGACGAUGGUGGAAUAAACUUGGUGCUAUCCAAAACCCUGCUCUCAGAGGAGGAUCAGUACGAUAAACUUCGCUUCCGUGAGCUGGUCAAGAAGCGUCACAAGCUACAGCGCGAGAAGUUGCGCAAGAAGGCGGAGGCUGCCCAAGAAACGAGCGAUGACGAAGACGAAGACGAAGAAGGCGUCAACGAUCAGGAGGAUGCCGACGCCAAUAGUGACAGUGACAAUUCUGUGGACCUUUCCUGGCUUCCCGAUCCCGACAAAGUCUAUAAAAAGGAGUCCAAUCAGUUCAACCAAAAUGGAGAUCCUCAAUCGCAGCCUAAGCCAGAGCCCAGUUCCAGCUGCGAUGAUAAUGAAGAUGAUGGUGAAGACUCGGAUGACGAGCCCUCCUUCAAAAAGUCCAAGUUAACGAAUAAGAUGACGCUGAUGGACACGGAGGCCAUUGUAGCCAAUCUUUUGGGUAGUUAAGUGAAAAGUGGGUCUCGACUGUUUCAGUAAAUUAACACAAAUUAUUGUUAUUUCAGCCUAUAUUACGUAGGCUGAUAUUUAAGUUUCUGGCCUAGCUACGAGGGCUGCUAUUUAUAUUGGCAAUUGCUAUUGCUAUUGGUAAUAAUAAUGUCAAUACAUAAAAUCUGACAACACCAUAAUAAACUGUCAUUUUUUUAGCAUA